CUUCAUUCUAUACAAAAAAAAAAAAAAAAAGGUACCCCACAUUAUAAUUUUUUCACGUAAUACUUAAAUGUUGCUGGUGGUGAGCAGGUCAGCAUUUUUAUGUAAGGUAUACUUACUUAAUUUCUUGUGUUCAACUUGGAAUUUGCAUCUUCGCAUGGUACAGCAGCAAUUCGCAGUGAGAUUUGUGAGCUGAGUCAUAAUAAUGGGUGGUUGUGUAUCAACUCCAGCAAGCACAAUCAGGGUAAGGAAGAAAUACCAUCGUCGUCAUAGAAAGAAUUCAAACUCAGGUCUAGUAGGAACCAGGAAAAGAAAUAGCGAUGCACGGGUGACAGAUAUUGCUGUUAGUGAGUUUGUUCGUACAACUACAACCUCCGGAAGAUCUGAGGUCUCUAGUUCCACAUUCCAUCUUACUCAGUUGCAGUGGCAACAUAGUCAAAUAGAUGCUAAUGUUCUUUGUCAAGAAGAAGCAUGGUUUGACACGCACAGCAUUUUGGAGUCCGACUCAGAUGAUGACUUCAGUAGUGUUCAUGGGGAUAUUUUCCCCAACAUUUCAAGUGGACAAGUACUUCAGUAUGAAACUUCAUCAUGCUUUAUGGAUAGCAAACUCAAGUACAAAGAAUACCAUGAGAAAUAUCUCAAGAUAGAUGGCAGUAAAACAGAGAAGGUUUUGAGCAAAGAUGUAGUUCAGGAUCCAAAAGGACUUGCAGUUGUAAGUGCUCAAGACUAUAUUCCAUCGCUAGGGAAGGGUGAAGACCUUGGAACCAAAAAGAAGAAGAAUUUGGAUCGUGCCUAUGCAAGUUUUAAAGGUGUAAAAAAGGAUAAACUGCAGGAGAAAACUCAGGAGAAGGUGUUCAAGUCUGUCUUACCGAAGCUGGUUAGUUCAUUGAGUUUCAAUGACAAAACAAUUAAUGCAUCAAAUUCAGGCCCACAUUCUCAAGUAAAGAAAUCAACUAUUAUAAGGCUUUCUCUGAAGAGGACGUCUGUUGAUGGAGAAGAAAAGAACGAAUUUUGUUCUUCAAGAAAGUAUCUUGUCCGCCCCAGGGCUGGGCACGUAAUUCCUUGUUGCACAGAAGAAAAGCUCAUUGCAGGAAGUUGGUCAAAGAUUGAGCCCUCAAACUUUAAGCUCCGUGGUGAUAGUUAUUUCAAAGAUAAGAGGAAAAGCCCUGCUCCUAAUGUGUGUCCUUAUAUUCCAAUUGGGGUCGACUUAUUUGUUUGCCCUAGAAAGAUCAAUCACAUCGCACAGCACAUUGAGCUUCCUUCUAUAAAAGGAGAUGGAAAAAUACCUCCAUUACUAAUUGUUAAUAUUCAGUUGCCUACUUAUCCUGCUCCAAUGUUCCUUGGUGAUGCUGAUGGGGAAGGCUUGAGCCUUGUUAUAUAUUUCAAACUUUCUGAAAGUUUUGAGGAGGACAUCUCUCCCCAGUUUCAAGACUUCAUCAAGAGAUUCAUUGAAGACGACAUGGAAAAGGUAAAAGGAUUUGCAAAGGAGUCAAUUGUUCCUUUCAGAGAGAGAUUGAAGAUUACGGUUGGGUUGGUUAAUCCAGAUGAGCUUGUUUCAAGUGCAACAGAAAGAAAGCUUUUGAAUGCUUACAAUGAAAAGCCUGUGCUUUCCCGUCCUCAACACAACUUUUAUCAGGGCCCAAAUUACUUUGAAGUUGAUCUUGAUAUUCAUCGCUUCAGCUACAUAGCUAGAAAGGGGCUUGAUGCUUUUAGAGAACGUUUACAACAUGGAAUAGUUGAUUUUGGUCUAACAAUUCAGGCACAGAAGCCAGAGGAGUUGCCAGAGAAAGUGCUUGGUUGUGUUAGAUUGAACAAGAUAGAUUUUGUUGAUCGUGGCCAAAUACCCACGCUUGUGAGAGUUGAGGAAGAUUCGUGUUCAGAUUAAUACAACUAAUUACCCGCAUAUUGCAUGGGGGAGUAGAUGUUAGUGUAUCUUGAGCUCUAUGUAUAUAGCUCAAUUGUUUUGAAAAAUACACACAUUCAAUAUUAAAUACGCACCUGUUGCUACUAACUUGUGAAGUAAUAGUGGAUGCAGUUGCACUCCGAA